UUGGUGGAUUUCCCGCGCAUUUCCCCCCGAAUUUCCCGCGCUUGCCCCCUCUUAUUCCCUGCUUCCUCCGAUCCCCACCCCGCCAGACGCCAACACCCGCCGCCGCCGCCAGAAGUCCGAUCAAGAAGAGUGCCGAGCGGAGCAGCCGAAUACCAAAGCCAUGAUGUUCUCGAGCCAGGUCGACGCCUUCUCGCCGUCGCAGUUCACCGCGUCGCAGAACGCCGCCGCCGACUCCACCCCCAACAAGUUCCGGGGCGCGUCGGGCACGAUGCCGCUCACCGUGAAGCAGAUCGCGGACGCGCAGCUGGCCGGCACCGGCGAGAAGGGCGGGCCCUUCGUCGUCGACGGCGUCGAGACGGCCAACGUCAGGCUCGUGGGGAUGGUGAGCGGCAAGGUGGAGCGGAACACGGACGUGUCCUUCACCCUCGACGACGGCACCGGCCGCAUCGACUUCAUCAGAUGGGUGAAUGAUGCUGCAGACUCUGCUGAAACUGCUGCUAUUCAGAACGGUAUGUAUGUUGCCGUCAUUGGGAGCCUCAAGGGAGUUCAGGACAAGAAGCGUGCUACUGCUUUUGCAGUCAGACCUAUAACUGAUUACAACGAGGUCACCCUGCAUUUCAUUCAGUGUGUACGGAUGCAUGCAGAGAACACAAAAUCAAAGGUUGGCAGUCCCACGCACACCAAUUCUUCUAUGGGAACCCCAUUCUCCAACAGAUUGAACGAAGCAGCCACUCCACCCUCUGUGAAGUCCAACCCGGCACCAGCGGCCAGCGGAACAAAUGGAUCGGAGACCGAUUUCUACACACAGGUGCUGAAUGUCUUCCGUGAACCGGCAAACAUGGAGAGUGACCAUGGCGUGCAUAUGGAUGACAUUGCCAAGCGGUUCAGACUACCAGCACUCAAGAUCAAGGAGGCUAUCGACUACCACGUUGAUGUCGGGCACAUCUACUCGACCAUCGAUGAUUUCCACUACAAGUCAGCGUUCGUCGACUAAGUCUGUAACCGAGUGCCGUCUUCACUCGCUAGCAUCUGUCCUUAGCUGUGCUGCUUAGGUAUCCCCCCGAAGGAAGCAUCUUCUCGCCGGAGUUUGAGAGAGACAUGACCACAUCUGUUAGCCUGAAUGUAGGGAAUGAUGCUCCAGGGGCAUGUAUUACUUAAAAUUCCUGUUGAUCAGAAACGUAUGAGCCUUGAUGUGAUGAGAGCAUCGUCUAGUAAAAUCAUGAUUAGCGUC